AUGGCUACUUAUGGAAGGAAAAACCAUCGGAAACGAAACCGAAUAUCUUUGGAAUUUUCAAGUGAUAUUGAACAAGAACAAGACACCCCAAUAAUACAAGAUCAUCAACAGAAGAUAUUAGACAACAAAUCUUCUAAAAAGCCAAAAGAAUCUAAUACAAACAACCAGGAUUCUAGAUCUCCUAAAAGGUACUGCAGGGUUGUUAAUUCGACACACAAUGCUCAGAUCAACGCAUCACUACCUGUUGGAAGCAUACGAGUAAAGAAUACAAUCAGUUCACCACCGCUGACGCGUUCUGGCCCUGCGGCAGAAGCAAAUAGUCAGUCAAACACUACUCCGACUACCACCAAAGGCCGAAACACGUGGGGCUUAUUAUUUGAUGGUAUAGAAGAUGAAGAACCGCGUCGACCGGCAGUAUGGUCCUCAGCUGAUACCAAAUCACAAGAAAACCAAAAGAAAUCAAAUAGAGACUAUGGGAUAUCGACCCUGAAGAGAGACCCAUUGAAAGCUAAAAAAUCAAAAACAAUAAAGAAAACCAAAAUAAGGGACAAGAAAAGUGUUUGGAAUGAAUUAUUUGAUUCCAUUGAAGAACCCCAACCCCCUCCAUUAAUUAUAUCUUCGUGGGAUGAUGUUAAAAUAAUACCCAAAGCUAAAUUAAGUAACGAAACACUGGAAUUAGAAACGAGUGCACUCGAGAUUGAAUUAGAAUUUAAAUCAUUAUUUGAGAAUCAGACAACCAAUGAAGCCAUUCCUACAAAUAAUUCGGAGAGUUUUAACCCGAUGAAAAAUCAACCCGAUAGUAGUGAAUGCAAUGGCAGAACAUAUGGCCAAUAUAGGACGUUGUUAUUAUCCGAUAAUGAAGCCCAAAUAAAAGACGAAAAUGAAGAUAUUAAGAAAGAAUUUCUGACUAAGAUCAGUGACGAACUUGAUUUCAAUCUUGACUCAGUAGUUAAUAUAAAUGAUAUGAGAGUGUCAGGGAAAUUAGCCCAAGACAAUGAUGAAGUCGACUAUAUUAUUGAAGGAUUGGGCAUGAAAUUGUCGUCUCAUCAAACGGUAGUAAUUUCAACUUUACUAGAACUUGCCAUUCUAAUCAUUGACAAUUCAAACAAGCUUGUAUCAUUUUUAGAUAGAAUAUGUUCUCGACUUCAAAACAUACUUAGGGAAUCCAAUUCCAAAGAAACAAAACUUGUCUGCAUAAAUAUUUGUUUACUUUAUGAGAGAUUUGGUAGUAAUAUUAAGGUUUUGGAACUGUUUAAGAGUCUACGAGGAGAGAUUUUGACAGGCUUGGCCAUUGAUAUCGAUCUCAGUGAAUUUCUGAGAGUUAAUCGAAGUAUGGUCCAAAAACUACUUUCCUUUCACGAAUCAUAUGUUUUGACUUAUUUGGAAAUAUUAAAGAGUUAUGAUUUAAUUGAUUGGAAUGUGUGUCUUUCAAUAUUAGACUUAGUGAAUACAGGGAUGCAAGAAAGUGGAUUAGUUGAGUACAUAGAGGAAUAUUUCCAACAUUCUAAACCCAUUCAAAUAGAAAUUAACCGUUUUCAUAAACUUUUCCAGUCUACUUUUCUAAGAAUAGAAAAUGAUGAUAUUACCGAGCAUGAUUUGACUAUAAUAAGAGCUUUGGUUCUUCUAUCUACAAACUACGACAAACAAGCAUUUUGUGAAAUAUAUGAUCCUGGAUGGGUAUCCAGUAUGCUCAAGUAUAUCAAUCAUUCAAGUUGUGAUAAUGAUCUUUCAAAAAAUUUGACUUUGUGUCUAGUCGGGGUGCUUGUCAAUCUAGUUGAAUGGGACUUGCUAGAAUUGAGAGAUUUUACGGUCAUAAGCAAUUGUAUUCAAAGAAUCAAUGAAUUACAAUCGAAGAAUGAUCAAGAAAUAUUCAGACAUAUACUGGGGUACCUUGCUCUUGUCUUGACUCAUUUGAAAAUCAAAUAUGGGGAUCUAAUAGAAAUUCCAUCCUCUUUACUACUUCAACAAGUAAUGAAAUUUAAACAGGAAAUUCAUACACAAAAGGGAUUAAAUGAUAAAGUGAGUGGUUUACUUCAGCUUCUUGGCACUACUUCAUGA